AUGAGAUUCACUCUCGUCAACUACUUCUCCCUCCCCAGUGUUUUCUUUCAGCCUAUCUCCGAGAAUCCACUGCUUGGCCCCUCUUCUUCCACGCUAGAUAAAGUUGGGGCACUUCGAAGGGCAUUUUUGGCUCAGAACCCCCUAAAUUGGCGUUUCUUUGUUUGCCCCUGGUUACAUGCUGGGAUCAUACAUUUUGCAAUCAAUAUCAGCUGUACGAUCUUCAUUGGCAUCCACUUAGAGAGAGACUAUGGAGCUUUGAGAAUUGGGGUUAUCUACCUGCUUUCUGCAUUUUCUGGUAGCUUGAUAUGUUCACUUUUUGUUAGAAGUAAUCCUGUGGUUACUUCCUCUGGUGCGUUGUUUGGUUUACUUGGAACGAUGCUUUCGGGGCUAAUCCGGAACUGGAAUGUUUACUCGAGCAAGUGUGCAGCUCUAGCAACUCUUUUUACAGUUAUGGUGAUGAAUUUCCUCCUUGGUUUGCUACCUUAUAUUGACAAUUUCGCGAACAUCGGAGCCUUUGUAUCUGGACUUCUACUUGGGUUUAUGCUUCUACUUACCCCACAGGUUAGGCAAAUGUCUAAAAACAAAUCAGGGUUAUUUGAAUAUGGUGUCAAUCGUGCCAAAAGUAGCAUUAAAGUAGAGCAGAAGAUGGGGCUCGACAGGCUGAUUCUGAGGAGCACUUCUCUUGUACUGUUUGUUCUUCUACUUUCUGGAUGCCUUGUAGCAGUAUUCCUAGGCAUUGAUGUGAAUCAGUAUUGUGGAUGGUGUAGAUUCAUUGACUGUAUCCCUUCCAAAAGGUGGAGCUGCAAUGAUGGACCAAAGACAUGUGAGAUCAUGAAGAGCAGCUCUGAGAUGACAUUGACUUGUUUGUAUAAUGGCAACACCAGGGUGUUUCCUUUCACCAACGUUUCACAGGCCAGGAUGAAUGACUUGUGCGCUAUGAUAUGCUGAUGAUGCACUCAAACUUGGAUUCGGUUGAGGCGAAUGACCGAAUCGGUCAACACGACACAUGGCUUGAAUGUAGAGUGCAUUUCCCAGACAUGGUCAUUAGUGUCAAAGCAUGACCAAACUAUUAGAGAUGGAAACAUGAAACUGCGAUUGCA